UUCUCCUGCGUUUGAGGAUUGGAUUUGAGGUCCUUUACAGAAAUUACAAUGCAAACCCAGUGUUUUAUGGGUUUGCUAACCAUAUCCUUUCUCAUAUCACUUCUUUCUGGUGGCACAUGCUCAGAAGCAGAACACAGGCUAUUUUCUGUUAUCUUUACCAAGUAUAACCAGUAUAUUCGGCCAGUGGAGAAUGUGUCAGACCCCGUCAUUGUGCAGUUUGAAGUGUCUAUGUCACAGCUUGUCAAAGUGGAUGAAGUAAACCAGAUCAUGGAAACAAACUUGUGGCUGAGACAUACCUGGAAUGACUACAAACUGAAAUGGGACCCCCAUGAGUUUGGAGGGGUUGAAUUUAUCAGAGUGCCGUCAAACAGGAUUUGGAAGCCAGACAUUGUCCUGUACAACAACGCUGUAGGAGACUUCCAAGUAGAUGACAAGACCAAAGCCUUGCUGCACUACAAUGGGGAUGUCACCUGGAUCCCACCAGCUAUCUUCAAGAGCUCUUGUAAGAUCGAUGUCACCUACUUCCCUUUUGACUAUCAGAACUGCACCAUGAAGUUUGGUUCUUGGACUUACGAUAAGGCCAAGAUUGACCUAGUCCUCAUUGGGUCCACCAUCAAUCUCAAAGACUUCUGGGAGAGCGGGGAAUGGGUGAUCAUUGAUGCCCCGGGAUACAAGCAUGACAUUAAGUAUAACUGUUGUGAGGAGAUCUACCCAGAUAUUACCUAUUCCCUCUACAUCCGACGGCUCCCUCUCUUCUAUACCAUCAACAUGAUCAUCCCCUGCCUUCUCAUCUCUUUCCUGACUGUCCUGGUGUUCUACCUGCCCUCAGACUGCGGGGAGAAGAUUACUCUGUGCAUUUCUGUGCUCCUUUCCCUCACUGUCUUCCUCCUGGUUAUUACUGAGACCAUCCCUUCCACCUCUCUGGUUAUCCCUCUGAUUGGAGAGUACCUUCUCUUUACCAUGAUCUUUGUUACCCUCUCCAUUGUCAUCACUGUGUUUGUGCUCAAUGUUCACUACCGUACUCCUAAGACUCACACCAUGCCACGCUGGGUGAGAUCUGUUUUCCUCAGCUUGCUCCCCAGGGUGAUGUUCAUGACCAGGCCAAAGCGAGAAGCAGGAAACACCGGCCAACAUCUUCACCACCAUUACUACCAGCCCACGACUCACCACCACCAAAACCAGCAACAGCAGAACACAGCCACACUCCAGAGGAAGAGACUCGUUGUUCACUCUGAGCUACCCAACUUCAACAGCUUGUCCACUAACAGCGGGGGUGACAGCAAGUGCUGCUCCAAGGAAGGCUUCCCCUGCCAAGAUGGGUGCUGUAACUGCUGUGGGAGGCAACGCAGCACCAAGCUGCCUGCAGACAAUGGAGUGGGGGCUAGUAGCCGGUGCACAGACAGCCCAAGCUCCAGCUCAGAGUCUCUGGAUGCCCUGUUAUCCUUCUCUGCUCUAUCGCCUGAGGUGCAUGAGGCCUUAGAGAGUGUCAAGUAUAUCGCUGAGAACAUGAGGUUACAGAACGAGGCCAAGGAGAUCCAGGAUGACUGGAAGUAUGUUGCCAUGGUGAUUGACCGCAUCUUCUUGUGGGUUUUCAUCCUGGUUUGUAUCCUGGGGACAGCAGGCCUCUUCCUUCAACCCUUACUGCUGGGAGACGACAUUUAGGCUGACAGCGAGGCUUCUUUUUUGCUUGUUUUUCUCUGUAAAUACUGAUUUGCACAGAAGUAUAUCAUAUAUAUCUUCUGUCCAUUCUUAGGAAUUCAGGCUGUGCUGAAGUCUAGGUGACCGCACAGGCGAGUAGAAGUUGAUUGUAUUAAAGCUUCUUAUAACGAUGCAGGGUAGCUGAACUGGAAAGCUGAGAAUAGGUGGUUUUAGUCAUUAUUAUUAACGUGCAAAGUCACCGUGCUGGAGAGCUGA